AUGGAGCCUAUCAAGUCAAGAGCCUCAUCGGAGGCGAGACGAGAUAUCUAUAUACUUGCCAACGCUAUGGUUUCCGGUCACUCUAGUCGUGAUGCCACACGCUCAUCCUCUGUAGACCGACAACUUGAACCCAACAAAACACAGUCGAGCCACAAAAAUGGACAUCAAUCACCAUUGAAGACUGGUAGUUCUGCUAAUAUGAAUCUCGAUGCCAACAAACACCGCCCAUCUUUGACGAACACCCAUAAAAACAGCGAGGAAAAAGAUACGGAAAUAUCCCAUCAUCACAAUUCGCCCGACGAGUCCUCGCCUACAGCACUUGAUACGGCGAAUAUGACGAAUCCCCACGUAGGACGGGUUCAUGAUGCCGGAUCAAUUUCCACUGUAGAACGUCACCGUCUUAGAAGCAACAUACCAGAAUGGAAAUGGAAAACCGUGCUGCUUGCGAACGGCUUCUUGAGUCUAGUUCACGGAUACGAUGUCGGCAACAUUGCAAAUCUCCAGCCCGCUAUCUAUCAAGCCUUUGGGAGUAUAGUGGCUCUACCCUGGCUCGCACUUGGCUAUGCCGUCUCUAUCAUCGCCUUUAUACCUCUUGGCCACAAGCUUUUAAGGAUCGUAGACUUCAAGAUACUGAGUCUCCUGUUUACUUUAGUUAUGAUGAUGGGAGCCGCGAUCUCCGGGUCCGCACAUCAUUUCGUGCUCGUUAUUUUCGGCCGUAUGUGUACAGCUUGGGGCGCGAGCGUUAUCUACCAAGGCAUCUUAAGCCACAAUCUCAUCCUCUGUUCUCCCUACGAGUGCCUCAUUGUAACUGGGUAUAUGGCCGGCUGUUUCGCCGCUGGUUUGGUUGUAGGUCCAGUUAUAGGUGGUGUGUUCGCCGGCACUGAACAGAUUACAUGGCGCUGGGCAUUCUACCUAAUGAUCCCAUUAUGUGGCAUCAGCUUCAUAUUACAAGCAUUCUGCUUGCCACGCUAUUGUAUACUGAAUGAGAAAUUCGGACCACGGAGCGUCAGGGGAUUUGACUGCUUCGGGAUAUUUCUGCAUAUCGUGGUCUGCUUCUCCUUCUCAUUCAGUUGUAUGUUUCUAGGGUCUGCAAGAAUUUGGGGAGCCGGCUGGGCCCUAGCUUCCUGGGCCAUAUUCGUCUUGUUCGCAUUCACAUAUGCGGUCCAGCAAGCGUACAGUAUCGGAACGACACCUAAUGAGCGCAUUGUAUCCCCAUUUUCACUCUUUACGAACCGAACAGUGCUGCUAAACUGGAUAUGCACGACCUGUGCUGCUACAGCCUACGGUGCUGCACUCUACUACGUGCCUAUCUACUUUGCCUUCCACGAAGGUCUGAGUCCACUGGAUGCUGCAACCCGACUGUUACCUCUCGUAUGCAUCUUCGUCUUUGCUAUUAUAUUAAGCGGUGCUUUACUACCCGGUUACCGCAUCUACAAAAUCUUCUUCAUGAUCGGUUCUAUGUUCCUACUAAUUGGCGGCGGCUUAUUCCAAACGCUCACUGAUGAGACACCGGAGUCAUCUAUGAUGGCGUUUGAAGCUCUUGUUGCCGUUGGUAUCGGCAUGCUGUGGCAUUUAGCAACUACAGUGGGUUUCACCAUUAUAGAAACUACCAAAGAACGACUGGAUCUUGCACUGCUCAGUAAUGUGGCAAAGUUUGGCGGCAUCGCAGUAUCGCUCUCCCUCGCUGGAGUGAUCUUCAUGGAUACAGGAUUCCAGUCUCUAAAGGAAUCAUUGAGUAACGGCGAUGCGAAGUCUUCAUUUUCAGAUGAACAAAUCUUUGAGCUGCUUGCAGGUGUUAAUUCGCCAAUCCUCAUAAGCGGCAAUUCAACAACGGUGAAACCGAUGGUCAUGAGUGCAAUUACCGACGGUAUCAAGGGCUGUUUCGCCAUCAUAAUCGCUGCUGGUGGCCUUUCUUUCCUUGCCGCAUUAUGUAUGAAAUGGGAAGCCAUGGGGUCUGACGAAGAAGUGAAGUCUGGAGGACCAGAGCCUGACUCUCACUCUGGUCAGAAGUCUGAUGGCGAAAUCAUACUCGAUGGGCUGACUGUAACGGGCGAGGCGAUAGAUAACGGACAAGCUUCACACUCUAGUGUAGACGAAGAUGAUCAAAGCUAAGUUACUAGUUAGUCCUUAAAAUGACAACUAGCAGUCUGGGU